AUGGACGCUGAAGUAGGAACGGUUUUUCUUAAGGUGCAGAAUUCCCCAAAUGCACCAGUCAUUUCCCCUAGACAGAAAUUGCCUUUCAAAGUUAUCAUAGGAUGUACUUUGAUUGGGAUAAUUUUGAUUCUUUCAGUUUGUUCUGCUCUUUCCAAAAAGAGAUUGGAGAAACGUAAAGCUGGUGAUUUUCUGGAUCUAGGACCAAUCUUACCGGGAAUCCUAACUAGAUUCUCUUACAAUGAGCUGAAAAUAAUUACACAAGAUUUCAGCAGAAAGCUCGGGAAAGGAGGAUUGGGCUCUGUAUAUGAAGGAACACUGAGCAAUGGCACCAAAAUAGCUGUGAAGCAUCUGGAUGGUGUAGGUCAAGUAAAGGAAUCAUUCUUAACAGAAGUAAAGACAGUUGGUGGCAUUCACCAUAUCAAUCUGGUAAAACUCAUUGGAUAUUGUGCCGAAAAAAGCCACAGGCUUCUAAUCUAUGAGUACAUGGUGAAUGGAUCGUUGGAUAGGUGGAUUACGCAAGAAAAUGGGCUUACCUGGCAUAAAAGGCAAAUGGUAAUAUUGACUGGGCAAAGAUUAAGAUAUUUUGUACAUUGGAACAUCAAUUUUGACUUGGACUUUGGAAUUUAG